AUGGUCGGAGGUCAAAGACGGCGAAACCUGAAGCACUACCAGCGCGAUGUCUAUGCACACAAUGCUGCUGCUUCAAAAGCAGUGAUUAAUGAUACAAAUGACGCACCUCAACACACUCGCAAUGCUCAACAACGCAAGCACAGCAGUUUCGAAGCAGGACCAAGUGGACGUCUGAAUGGUGAGGUCUUGCAUUUAUGGCGAUCUGAUUCCGACUUGUUUUUGGAGGAAUUCCUCCGCCUGGAGGGUCAAGGUGACUAUUCACAAGACAUUUGCGUUUGUGGUGAGGAAGCAGCAACAUAUUGUUGUCAGGAUUGUCAUGGUUGCGAAUUAUUUUGUCAUUUGUGCAUGAUCCGCAUACAUGACAGACAUCUGCUUCAUAGAAUGGAGCGAUGGGAUGGUAUCUCAUUUUACAGUGUUACCUUGAAGUCCAUGGGGAUCCGUCUACAACUUGGACAUGCUUCUGGUGUUCAGUGCAUCAACCCACUCCCUGCUCACAACGACGACUUUUUUAUCAUCGACUACAAAGGCAUCUACGAAGUAGGGUUAGAUUUUUGUGGAUGUGCACAUGCCAAACCGCACAUAAUUCAACUACUACGUGUUCGCCUCUUUCCUGCCACAACAGUCGAUCCGAAAACAGCUGCAACAUUUUGGGCACUGGAAUACUUUCAGAUGCUGUCUUUUGAGUCCAAAGUCUCCACAUUUGAAUUCUACAAAACAGCUGCUCGUUUGACGGACAAUACUGGAAUUCAUAUACCAAAGGAUCGUUAUGAGGCAUUGUUAUGCAUGAUGCGAGAGUGGCGCUUCAUCAAGCAGAUGAAAUGUGCUGGUCAAAGUCAUCACCCUGAUGGUAUUGGUGCAACUAAACCAGGUGCCUGCACCGUUUUGUGUCCUGCGUGUCCCCAUGCAGGCAAAAACUUACCAGAUGGAUGGGAAAAUGCACCAUCCGAAAUACGAUUUUUAUAUGCCUUAUUCCUUGCCAUCGACGCCAAUUUCCGUCUCGCUCGCCGUGAUGUCUCUUCAGACAUCGUUGAUCUGGGUCUCAAUCGUGGAUAUGCAUUUUUUGUGGAAGAACAUGCAUAUAAAGAUUUCAUUUGUUCACGCGAGCAAGUCAUCCAGGAGUUGAGUUCAUGCUCCAGUCACAACGCGGUCAACCUUGCAGAUUUGAGAGUCUCACAUGGCCUUGCAGCCACUGGCGCCGGUACUAUCGAUUGCAUAAGACACAAUUUCAAAUGGCCCUGCUCAGUCGGUGACCUACAGAAGGGCGAAAGGUACCUUAACAUGGAUUAUUUAUUCUUCUCGAGCAUGCAGUCUUCAUCAGAGAUAUCGACAUUGAACAUCUCAUACAAUAUUGCUUCCCAUGUGGCCAAAUGUCAGUCAAACUUUUCCUUCAAUUUCAUCAAGGGUGUUGGUCGCACAGAUGGUGAAGCUCCCGAGCAUGGCUGGGCCAACAUAAACCCCAUCGUGACAAGCACACGUGAAAUGGGUCCCGGUUCAAGGCGCAACAUCUUAGAUGACCACUUCAAUGACUGGAACUGGAAGAAGAUCUGUGCAAUUGGUUUGAUUUUCCACCGAAAGUACAACUUUGCAUUAAUUGAGGUACAAGAACGUGUCGACGAUCUCAUUAAUUUUGAAGCUUCCCUAGCUGCAGAUGAGUUAGUUGAAUGGAGGAGGGACAUUGAAGCAUGGGAGGCAGACCGUUCACAACUGAACCUGUUUGAAGGCAGAGCUAUGACUAGUACAUCAAUGACUCAGGCUGCUGUGCGCCUAGCCUUAUCGAUGGCUGAGGCUGCAGAGAUUGAGCGUGGCAACAACAUGUCCCUACACGAUGAUAUAUCACCCUCUGUGUUAAUUUUGUCGGGAUUAGAACUCGAAGAUCAGCAGUUGAAUGUCCAGAAGGGCAAGAUCUUACAGCGCAUGAAUGCUCUUCGCCGAUGCAUUGACACCUGGGCCCGGGUGCAGGUGUUGUAUAUGCCUAUGCCAUGUGACGACCGCUUGCUCAAACACGAGUGGGAAUUGCGUGAAGCUCAGGCAUAUGACACGCUGAAUGACCUCCGCACCUAUAAGGACACCUUUAUUCGGGGACAGCGAGCAAAUACCCGAGCAAACAGAAUCAUCAACAAUGCUGAACAUCACAUUGACACCUUAUCACUUAAGUAUUCUACUGCUAGAGAUGCACUCGUGAAUCUGGCAGCAAGGCUAGGUAAGACCGAUGACUGGGAGAGGACACUACGUGUUGAAUGGUGUAAGGCGCGAGCACGAGCUCAUCGCUGGGAGGAAGAAGUGCAACUACUAUGGGAGGAAAUGCGCCGCAUCAUUGCAUUUCUUGACUGGCAGGUAGGCUGGUGGGACAUGCAAGGUCCGCGGCAUGCUUUUAACUCACUGCAGGCUGGAGAGGGUGCUCUUGCUUAUGCGCAGCACCAGGCUAAUCUACGUCGACAGAUGGUCAUACACAUCAAAUCCGGCUUUGAAGGUGAUAUAUCACAUCACACGAGCCCCAAAUACGACUGA